AUGGCAAAGAAGCGGCCAGCAGCCACGCCAGCAAAAGCUGCAGGCCGAAGAAAGAAGACCCUGGCCAAGCCGGCAAUCAAAGGCGCGAAGAAACCAGCUGCUUCGGCCAAAGCCAAGCAGCUAGGCGCUAGAGGGCCGGCCAAAGUCGCCAAAGCUGCCAAAGCGGACAAAGUUGCCAAAACCAAGCAAAAGACUCCAAGAGGUGUGGUUUUGGCCUUGUCGAAGGAGAUUGACUUCUCCAAACCGUUUAAGAAGGUGCUGUAUGUGCUGAGGGGCCCUCCGGGCUGUGGGAAGAGCACCGUGGCGCGACUACUUCUUCAAAGACAUCUCCAGGUGCAAGGGGUACGCUGGAACGGGUCUUCUGCAGGUGCCGCCAUCUCUACAGUCUGUCGAGCCUUCAUUUGUUCCACGGACGACUACUUUACGGAGCUGGAUGAGGAAGGAGGUGCCAGCUAUGACUUCGACCCCUCAUGCCUGCGAGAGUUCCACGAGAAGAACCGAAAGCGUUGCCUGGACGCCAUGGAGCUCAGCAGAAGCCCUUUGUUCGUGGACAACACCAACAUGGCCCUUUGGGAGAUGUCGGGGUAUGUGGCGCUGGCGGAGGAGCAUGCGUAUGCUGUGAUGAUCAUCGGCCCGGAGCAGCUGGGCCCUGGUGCGCUGGACUUACAAACGCUACAACUGCGUUGUGCCCAGGACGACCGAGCUGCGGGGAAGGAGAUCCCCGUCACAACGCUGGAACGGAUGAUCCAUCGAUAUGAGAAGUUGCCAGAUGAUUUACAAGGUCGCCUUUGCUGCGCUACGGAGCUGUCAAUAGUAAGGGACGCUCGGGCCGUACCAAGGUAUCGCUAUGCGGGCCUCGAUGUGGAAACUUCAGCCCUGGAGGCACUUUCAGACCUAGAUCUGGGACCAUUCUUUUGGGAGGCAGAGAAGCUUGUGGGGAUGACUUUCCCGGUCAAGGUCACUGGCUUGGUCUUCGUGCGGGGAGGAGGUCUUCUUUGUGCCACUUGUGCCUUUGAGGCGGAGGAUCACAGCUCAUUAGCAGCUGUUGCCGGGGAAGACUGGUGCCCACAUAUCACGCUAUUGUUUUCAGGUGCUUGGCGUCCAAAGAACUCCAACGACCUUCUUAAGGCUCUGCAGGCGCUGGCUAUAUUGCCAUCGAGUAGCCCCAAGAUCGCGAGCGAGGUGGAAGAGACCCAGUUGGAUCCGGCGAGUCCAGAGGGUCCAGACGACGAGGCUCGCGCUGACGUUCCGCCGAACACCAUCUUGCCACACUCCAAUGGAAGCAUGCAGGUCUUCAGCAACACGCGCCUUUUGGAUGAAACGAUCGACCUCUGUGCCCUUCAGUUGCGCCUGCUCCGCCCUGUGGGAGUGGCUGGGCGGCGCCACAUGAAAAAGGUUUCAGGUUCGAAGGAGGAGCAUGCAGAUGCAGUGGUGGGUUUGAGGCGACUGCAGCAGACUCAGGAGAAGGUUUUGAGCGAAGUGAAGCCUCAAGACAAGGCGCAGGAGCAGCGAAAAGCCGAGUUUGGUGGAGAAGUCAUGUCAGCGCAGCAGUCGCCACCGCAAGAGAAGGAGGGAGCCCACCCGAUGGUGGGAUCCCGCACUGUCAUCGCAGGAACCUCCAUCUGUGCCCGGGUGCCCAAAUUGUUUGCAUUGGAGAUAAAGAGCUUGGUUCACAUUGAGCAUGAGUUUUUCCUGCGCGAUGCGAAGAUCUGCUUCCGACCAGAUCUUGAUCCGGCUCUCCCAUGGGAUUGCCUUCACAACUUUUGUGGGGGUUUCAGCGGCUGGAGUCAAGCUCUUCGAUGGAUGGACCACACUCAAGAAAUCUGCUUAGGCCAGGAGGUCUUUGUGGAUUGGGAUCUUCAGAUCAUGAAGAUUUGGAGCAUUAAGCAUUGCCUGCCACAUCGCCUCCUCCCACUUCCAAGCAGGGAGGCUUGGUGUCCGGCAAAGAAUGUCGGCCUUCGUGGCUGUGUCAGCGAUCCCUCCAUCAUCGAGGCGUGCCGAUCUCAAGCAAACCUGCUCACCACUAUCUCUCCGCCCUGCCAGAGCUGGAGUAAGGGAGGACGUGGACUGGGUUUGAACGACACCAAUGGUCAAGCAUUCUUGGAUGCGCUGGUGCAGGCCUUCUCGCUGCAAGUCAUUGCCAUCGUGGCAGAAUGUGCAGAUGACACUGCGGUUCACCCGCAUUUUAGGUAUGAGAACCGGGAGGUGAAGACCAAUGAGAUCAUCAGGCUCACCGCAUACAAUGCUUUCGUCUUUCACCAUGAAGGCUUCGUACAUCUAGUGCCAAAGCGUGAUCUCUGGAAAUGGAUCUCCCCUCGGCCCCAGCUGCCUGAGGCAUGCAAUUGGACUCUGACAGGAACUUGCGCAGACCAUAGUGUUGCAAUUGAUGUGCACUCCCACCACACGGUGUCGCAAGCGUUUCUGGCCAACUUUUCAGGACCUCAAGAUCUGGUCUCACAAUUUCAUGCCAGAAAUGAAGACAUUCGAGUUUCGAAUCAGACCACCAUUGAGCACAUUGCACGCCAAGAGUGCACCUUUCGACUUGCCAUUGGGAAUGCCCAUAUCGGAGAUAUCGAGAUUCGCCCUGUGCCUUCCACUAAGGUCAUCGAUGAUUUCCCAAGGGAUGCUUUGCCUCUCGAGCUCCAGAUUGUGACCAAGCACUUUGAGGACCAUGUUUGUUCGGCUCUUUUCUGGGCUAUUCAGCAGGUCGUCGAAACACUGCAAGACGACAUUCAGCCCAAACCAUGUGCUGCAUCAGUCGUUAUUUUGCCGGAGCAAUUGACGAUCACAACUCUUUUAUCUGAGGCAAGUGGAAUGCAGUUUCUGCAGAGAAUUUCAGCAUUGCCGGUUUUCAGCAACCGAAACAAGAGACUUUGUCAUGUUCCAGGGGAACCCGAUUCCUUCCUGCUCAUCUCUGCUGCACGAGAUUGCGAAGAACCAGUUAAUGUUGAAGUCAUUGUGCGAUCAGACCAAGGUUGGACCAGUGGAGCAUGCGUGCCUCCAGAGUCUUCCUCUAUCCAACUCCGCAGUGCUGCCCAAGCUCGACAUGAAGUUGCCAAAAUCAAUGGUGCGCCCCCGGGCGAGUUGCAGCGUGCCUUCAAGUAUGGUGAUAUUCUCGACAUUUGUGCGAUCUGUCCUGUUCACGCAGGUGGACACCAUCUUAAUGUUGCUGCUCCACCAAAGCUACCGGCUUUUGCAGACUUCACAGCCAGAGUUGAAUUCAUGUGUGACACGCAUGGCUGGCUCGCCACCGACGAGAUGUUCCACUAUUCACAGGAUGUUGCCAUGAAGCCAGCAGAGGCACCGGAUCCUGGUGCAGCAAGCCGUCCUGCGGUCGCCGCACCUGCGCCUGCCAAGGACCCGUGGCUCAAGGCAGAUCCUUGGCUCAAAGUGCUGUGUGGGGAGAGGGAAAGCAUUCCAGAGGUGAAGCUCCUGUGUUUGUUGCCAAGACUAUUGCCCCCAAGCAACUCUCCAAUCAUUGUGCUGCAAAUCGCCAAGGUUAUGUCAAUACAGCAGCAUGUGCACCGAUUCUUCACGAUUUUGGGAGCAACUUUGCAACUCUUGGUCAUUUUCAGCAUCCUAGGUCACCAGCAGGACUGGACCACUUGCCUUGUAUUUUUGAGCACCCUCCGCUGGUAUGUGGAUGACAACGAGUCCUUCUCUUUUAAUGAAUUGGCCGUGAUUUUCCACUGUGGGGGUUUUACUUUGCACAAAGAUCCUGACCUUGUCACUUAUCUCGACAUCUACAAGGUGAUUCGCGAGGCAAUGCAGAUAUUGUCCAAAGAUGAGUCAGCAGAUCCGUAUCCUGGCUUUUUCCACACGACCAGGUCGGUCGUGCCGCCGGUGAAAACCCCACCCGUGGCACCGCCGGGGUGGGAGCCAGCCACGGCACAGGGCCAAGCUGUCAAGCCGCGGAGCCGGAGCCGGGACAGCAGUGCCUUGAGGGAAAAGCUGUCAGAAGCCCCGCCGCCGCCGGAGCCCCUCACGGCGGCGCAGAAGCCCAUCCCGUCGGAGAAACCGGAGCCGUCCCAGAUGAGGUCCCAGGUGGAGGUGGAGUGGAGAUGUGCGGCGACUUCCGCCGGGGAAAAUGACGCGUGGGAGGCGGCGGAGGCGGUGGAGGCGGCGGAGGCGGUGGAAGCGAACGUGCAGGAGGCGUUGGAGUUGGGGUUGGUGAGGGAGAAGGAGGAGUUGUGGGAGCUUUGA